AUGUCUGACGAUGGUAAUAAUUCGAUUUCCGUGAUUGCAAUCACUGCAGCAGUUGGCGCAGUUGUUUUUCUUUUUGUUUUGCUUUGCAAUAUUGGUAGAAAAGGGAAAGACAGCGAAAAGGAGACCAAAGAAGAAGUAACAAAAACUGAAAAAUCAGGCCAUGGCAAACAAAAGGAAAACCAGAAGAAAUCUAAAGUUGUAGAAAAGGGUUCAUCGAAGAAAUCAGCCAAUAAUAAUUUCACCCAUCCAUGGUUAUCAACUACCUUAAAGGGACACACUGGUUCUGUUUCUAGUUUUGAUUUUAGUCCAAAUGGAAAAUAUCUUAUUUCUUCUGCAGAAGAUAGAUCAAUAUUUUUAUGGAGUACAAAAGAAUUUCAACAGAAAAUACAUAGAUCAGUCCGUGGAAAUGUAGAAUUAGAUGAAGGUUGUAAAAUAGCUUUUAGUCCAGAUUCAAAAGCAUUUGUGGUCAAGUUAAAAUAUGAGAAUAUAUUAAGAAUUUACCGUCUGGGUAAAAAAGAUGAUAAUAGUUCUGUUACCAUGACUCCAGCUCUAGAUUUUCCUCAGAAACGUUCUGAAGAGAUUAUUAAUAUCAGUAUAGCUAGUAAUGGAAAAUAUAUUUUAACUGUAUAUGAAAAUACUAUUGUCACAUUAUGGGAUAUCAAAGGAGAGCCAAUUGACACUUUAGAUACCUUACUGUUUCAAAAUUAUUAUGGUACUAUUUCUCCUUGUGGAAGGUUUUUUGGUGUAUCUGGUUUUACAUCUGAUGUCAAGGUAUGGGAAGUAAUAUUUGAUAAAGGUGGAAGUUUUAAAGAAUCCAAGCGAGCCUACGAAUUAAAGGGACAUAACUCUGGUGUAAAUUGUUUCAGUUUUUCCAAUGAUUCCUGCAGGGUAGCUACAGUAUCUAAAGACAAUACAUGGAAAUUAUUUGAUACAGAUGUAAAAUUUGAAAUGGAUCAAGAACCUAAGUUGUUGUUUACUGGUACCCUAACACAACCAAUGGACUUGAUAUCAUUAAGUUUAGAUGGUCGAGCUGUAGCCAUGGCUGGAGGAACAACUAUUAUGGCAGCGAAUGCAAUCACUGGUAAAAUAGAAGAAGUAAUGAAAGAUGUACAUACAGAAAAAAUAAGUGCCUUAUCGUUUGAUGUGAGUGGUAAAUAUUUAGCUAGUAGUGGAGAUAGAGUUAUACAUAUCUUACACAAUGUCACUGGUUAUAGAGCUACCAUAAAAGAUUUAAUAGAAAAAGAAAAAGAUGCAAAAUUAGCUGGAGUGAAAGAAAGAUUAAAACAACAAAUAAAAGAGGCUAGAGAUGCAUUAUGUGUUAUAUUAGGUACAGAAAAUGGUCAUGCUGGCUCUAAAUGAAAAUAAAGCAUUCUACAUAAUAGUCAUUUUAUAAACCAUAUUAAAUAUGUUAAAUCAUUUUGUUAAUAUAUUGUGUUUUGAUACGUCCUCGUCAUAUUGACUAUUGUAAACUCAACCGCUGUUAUUUCAAUAUAAAGCUAAGGAUGGUUGAAC